UGUCAGCGGGUCUCGCGUGGUUAUCGGUUGCUGCUUAGAAGCCGACCCGCCUUUCCCCCCCCCUCACUCCCUGUUCUCCGGGAGAAUGAGCAGCACAGAGGGUGAUGUGUUGGAACAGGCGAGCUGUCGUCCCGAAUCUGCCAAGAGCACGAAGAGCUCGAACCCAUCGACCAAAGCGUCUCCCAGAGCAGGGUACAGGCACGCGCCGCGAGUGGCAGCCAACGGCGUGCACGACAUCGAGGACCGCAUUUUACGCAUGACGGGCUACUACGGCUACUACCCUGGGUAUUCCAGCCACAGGAGAGAUGAAGGUUCGGACUCCCACAUUGAGACUCCAGCCAGCGAGACGAGCGGCGAAGUCACCGCCUAUCAGACCUGUGUCAACGUAGCUCUGAAGGUCAUAGGCGGACUGCUGCUGGUCUUGUGUGUGUCCUCAUCCUGGGUGGGCACCACUCAGGUGGUUCAGUGGACCUUUAAGUCCUUCUCUUGCCCAUUCUUCAUCUCCUGGUUUAGCACCAAUUGGAACAUCCUUUUCUUUCCUCUUUACUACUCUGGCCAUGUAGCCAUCACAAGGGAAAAGCAGACACCUAUUCAAAAAUUCAGGGAAUGCAGUCGAUUGUUUGGAGAGGAGGGAAUGACACUGGGGCUGUUUCUAAAGAGAACGGCUCCUUUCUCCAUCUUAUGGACGCUGACAAACUAUCUGUAUGUGCUGGCAUUGAGGAAACUUACAGCCACGGACGUUUCAGCACUCUACUGCUGCCACAAGGCUUUUGUCUUCCUCCUGUCAUGGAUAGUCCUCAAAGACCGCUUCAUGGGUGUGCGGAUUGUAGCUGCCAUUAUGGCCAUCACGGGUAUUGUCAUGAUGGCCUAUGCUGACGGUUUCCAUGGAGACUCGAUCAUAGGUGUGGCUUUAGCCGUAGGCUCGGCUUCCACUUCAGCUCUUUACAAGGUUCUGUUUAAGAUGUUCCUGGGCAGUGCCAACUUGGGAGAGGUCGCUCACUUCUUCUCCACCAUGGGCUUCUUCAACCUGAUCUUCAUCUCCUGUGUACCUCUCAUCCUCUACUUCACUAGGGUGGAGCACUGGGGCUCGUUGUCCUCUCUGCCGUGGGGUUACCUGUGCGGUGUGGCUGGUCUGUGGUUGGUAUUCAACAUCCUGGUGAAUGUAGGUGUGGUUCUCACAUACCCCAUCCUCAUAUCGAUCGGGACUUUACUCAGUGUUCCGGGGAAUGCAGCCAUUGACGUGCUAAAGCAUGAGGUGAUCUUCAGCGUGGUACGUCUGGCCGCGACCUGCAUCAUCUGCGUGGGCUUUCUGUUGCUGCUGCUGCCUGAGGAGUGGGAUACGGUGACGCUGCGCUUUCUUGCCACACUCGCUGACAAGAAAUCAGAGGAACACGGAGAGGAGCUCACGGAGUCCAGCGUCAACAUGCGCAGCCGGAGCAGAGCCAACGGUGCUGUCUCGAUCCCGCUGGCAUGACCUAUGACCACUAGUGCUUGGCCUUAGAGAUAAAGAGUGCUAGAGAUCCACCAUGAGGCAGUGCCUCAGUCAUGGAUACUUUGGGUGGAUGGAGAAAAAAAUGGAUUCAAAAAAAUUUAUAUUGGGAUCAUAACAUGCUGUGACAACUGCAUCAAAGAAGUGGAAAGUGGGCGGAGCUGAAAAUCAGAGGCACACAGCAUCACUUAUCGCUCCUAUAGGUGAGAUGACAAAGGAGCAUUUUUACAGACUGUGCUAAAAAGGAAAAUCUCCCUUUAUAAAAGAAAGAUGUACUUAAAAUACUUGUUUUUCUUGCUGGGAUUUCACGUUCACAUUAACGGGAGUAUGUUUUCUUAAGAAAAUGAACUCUCAUGAUGAAUGGAGUAAAUAGCCUUUUCUGUUUGCACGCCAUUAUCCCAGCUAUGCCUGCUGAACCCUGAUAUGGAUUGUAUUCUGUGAAUAUAAACUCAGUCAGGGCCAAUUUGGCUCACUGUAUUAAAAUGCAUGCAUCUGAGAGAGAAGCAUAUAUAAUACAAAUGGUAUUAACAUUGUAUCUGAUGGUAUUAUACUGUACAUAAGAAAGAGAAAUAUAUCAUCCAGUAUAUGAACAAGGCUCACUGUUUAUUGUUACACUGACAUGAAACAUUUAAACUCGGCCUCAAAAUGUUGAAAUGGCAAAAAGUCUGACACUCAUUAUCUUUCUAGAGAAAAACAUAUCACUGUGAAAGUUACAGUCAUUUAGCAAUGAGUGGAAGCAGAAAUUGCUUUGAACUAGAGAAACAUUUCUAAUCUGUUCUUUAUCACCAGUCACAUUUUAUGUAACUUACCACUAACAAGUAUGGGCCUUAACUUUGCUCAUUUGAAAAAGGAAAAAUAUUUGCCUCUGGGUAUACACAUUUUGAGGAAAAUAAUAUAAUUUACUUCAGAUUGGUGU